GAAGAAGAACAUCUCUAACUGGGGUAAAGGCCACUUCGGCUGCUGUCAUCCGUUGGUCACAUUGUAUCCGGAUAGUUUUUUAUUUUUAUAGCAAAGUUGGAAACUGGACUUGUUUCUGAACUGACUUGAAUCGUCCGUUCACAUUCUCUGCGUUUAAAAACAUAUCUGCAAGAGAAAUCAGACGUUUCAGAAUGUUGCAAAACACAGGAAAGCUAGCGGGGAAAACCCUGUUCAUUACAGGGGCAAGUCGUGGUAUUGGGAAAGCCAUCGCACUCAAAGCUGCUAAGGAUGGUGCCAAUGUUGUCAUCGCUGCUAAAACAGCACAAGCCCACCCCAAACUACCCGGAACCAUCUACACUGCUGCAGAAGAAAUCGAGGCAUUGGGAGGCAAAGCGUUGCCUUGUAUCGUAGACGUCAGAGAUGAAAAGCAGAUCGGCGAGGCAGUGGAACAGGCCGUGCAGAAGUUUGGAGGUAUUGAUAUCCUGGUGAACAAUGCCAGUGCCAUUAACCUGACGGGAACCCUGGAGACACCCAUGAAGAAAGUGGACCUCAUGUUGGGUGUCAACCUCAGAGGGACCUAUCUGACGUCUAAGCUGUGCAUCCCACAUCUGUUGAAGAGUAAGAACCCUCACAUCCUGAACCUCAGCCCACCCCUUAACCUCAACCCCAUCUGGUUCAAAAACCACACGGCGUACACAAUGGCCAAGUAUGGCAUGUCCAUGUGUGUUCUGGGCAUGGCCGAAGAGUUCAGAGGGUCCAUCGCUGUCAAUGCCUUGUGGCCUAAGACGGCCAUCCAGACUGCUGCUAUGGAAAUGCUAGGUGGUGCGGAGGUGGGUAAGCAGUGUCGCAACGUCGACAUCAUGUCAGACGCAGCCUACGCCAUCCUCGGGAAGCCACGCAGUUACACAGGAAACUUCGUCAUCGACGAGGAGAUUCUGAAGACCGAGGGAAUUAAAGACUUUGACAUUUACGCCGUGGCUCCAGGUAAUGCACUGCUCCCAGACUUCUUCCUGGAUGAGGCUGAGGCUCUGAUGCAGAACAUGGGGGAUCAGGUUGUCAUCCCAGUGGUUAAGGGUGACCCACGCAGCGCUGCUACCAGUGGGCCCAUAGCGGAAACAUUCAAUAUCAUCAAGGGAGUCCUCAACCCGGACAUUGUCAAAUCCACUGGAGGAGUCUACAAAUUCGACCUGUCUGGUGAGCAUGCAGGAGUGUGGUUCAUUGACAUGAAGAACGGUGGGGGCAGUGCGGGUAGUGGAGAACCCCCAGUCAAAGCUGACGUGGUCAUGACCAUGGACAGCGCCGACUUCACCAAGAUGUUCGCAGGCAAACUAAAGCCCACUUUGGCCUUUAUGUCAGGGAAGCUGAUGAUUAAACGUGUUGUGGACCCUGGCUCUCAAGAUGUUGUGAAGAUGAUGUCCAUGAUGAAGUCUAAACUCUAA